GGGGGAUAACAAGAAAGCAAAAAAAAAUUAGACAUUGAACCGGGCCCGCCCCGGUUAGGCCCGGACUCGGUAUCAACCCGGGCCGAUUCCAGGCCCAAGUAUUUGCAAAAAAAGCCCGCCCGGGCCUGGCCUGGAACCGGAACCGGACCGGCCCGGGUCCAUCCCUAGUAUAUACAAUUUACAAAAUAAGCAUCGAAAAAUUCAAAAGCUCAUUUCAAAUCUACAAUGUGCUCAAAUGUUAAUUAAUGUUACAUCAAUAUACAUUUACUUCAAACGAUACACUCAAUAUCGUAUAACACACAAUUCAUUUUAAUAAUCUCCAUGAGUAAUCAUUUCAGAACAUUAUAUCAAUACACAUUUCCUGUAAAGAAAAAAAGAAAAAAGACAAAAAAGUAAACUAACUAAAGUAAAUUAACUAAAGUAAAAGUAACGAAAAAGUAAAAUAAAAGAAACGAAAAGAAAAAAGAAAGGAGAAAAAAAGUAACGAAAAAGUAAAAUAAAAAAGACAAAACAAAUAUAAAAAGAACUAGGAUGACGGGAUGGAGGCUAAAAAAUGAAAAAGAAUAACGGCUGAAAUAAAUAAAAGCAACGGGAGUGAGGGAAUGAGGAUGACAGCAGAAGAAAAUCAGCUUGGGAUGUCAUUUAAAAAGCGGGUGUACAUGUACAUUCGGAUGUAUAGUAUAAUUUGCUAAUUAAGUGCUGUUUAGAACCCCAAACGAUAAAUUAGGGCGCUGAUUUCGCGAAGAAGAAGCUCCCUCCAAAUUGCUUGCUGCUGCUCUUCAAGUAAGUUUAAUACUGAUGAAAGUUACUUCACCGUUGUCGUUUUACGCAGAUUAAAGGAGUAUUUGGGUUGUUAUUGUUUGUGACUUCUUUACCUACCCAAACUGUAGAGGAAGCCCACACUACAUUCCCUACCCAAAUCCCACACUCCGCAGAUUGGGUUAGAGUGUGCAUACUGCAUCCAUGAAUUUUAGAUUGUCUGACUUGAAGAAGGGUUACCAUCGUCAACUCUCUUCAAUUCUCUUCUCGUUAAAACAAUUCACAGUUUCUCUUCUACGCAAAUAAGAGCAUCUUUUUAUUGUGUUACUUGAAGAAGGCUUACCAUCCUCAGGUUCAAGCUUUAUCGCAGAGGAUAGGUUCUACAGAUGCGGAUGAUUCUUAGGGAUGGAUUGCACUAGAGGUUAGUUUGGGCCAAAGUAAUUAUCGAGGCGCGGAUAAUAUUCCAUCGUUAAGACCUCAACUGCUACGGAGUUCAAGAUGAAGUGAUGUAAAGUAGUUGAAGAGUGUCUGGACCGCAACUAUGAGGCCUUGGCAGGGAAUGUUCAAAAUUUCCCGGAGAUGCCUGAUUGCUGCCGCUGUAUUGGGCGGCGCGACCGCCGUCACAUUCCAAGCCCGGGACCAUAUUCCUAUCCUUUCUCCCACAGACUAUCCUUUCAUCAACGGUGCAGUUCGGUCCUCCCGCGCUCUUUUCACCAUCACUUCGAAUGUGGUGGACUACGUGUAUUCUUUGCACGGCUCCACUCAGAAUAAUGAGGAGUAUUUGCGCGCGCUUUCUGAGGUACAUCUAAGGUCUGCAAAGAGACUACUGAAACUAUGUGAAGCCAACAAAGGUAUUUAUGUCAAAGCUGGUCAGUUUGUUGCAUCAGUGCGUGUCAGGACAAUUCCUAAAGAGUACUCAUCAACACUGUCAUCUUUGCAAGACCAGGCUGUUCCUUGUCCUUUUGAUUCAAUCAAGGAAGUACUGAUCAACAGUUUUGGUCCAAAUUUAUCAGAGAUAUUCUUUUCAUUUGAUGAGCAACCGUUUGCAGCAGCUUCUGUUGCUCAAGUACACCAUGCUGUGUUGAGAGAUAAUAAAGAAGUUGCAGUCAAGGUGCAAUAUCCAGGACUAGAGUACCAGAUGAAAUUCGACCUUGCAACAGUGUCUUUUCUCUCCAAAUCUGUUUCAUGGUUUUUCCCAGAAUGCAGGUUUGAGUGGCUGGUAUUGGAAUUUAAGAAAUCCAUUACUUCUGAGCUUGAUUUCAUUGAAGAGGCUAAGAACCUCGAGAUAAUGUUUAAAAACUUCAAAAACAACAGCAUGAUUAGGAUUCCUCAAGUUUUUUGGGAUUUCACAACAAGCAAUGUUUUGACGAUGCAAUUUUGUAAGGGUCACAAGGUCGAUGAUUUGGACUUUUUGCGGCAGAUGGGGAUAAAUCCAUCUAAGGUCGCAAAAGCCUUAGCGGAGGCCGUUUCAGAAAUGAUAUUUCUCCAUGGUUUUCUACAUGGUGAUCUACAUCCUGGUAAUAUACUAGUUUGCCCGGAAGGAUGGAAUGGUUUUUCUCUAGUUCUUUUGGAUUUUGGGAUUUGCAAGAAAUUGGAUGAAGCUUUCAGACUGAACUUCUGCCAACUAUGGGAGGCUUUAAUAUUCAAGGACUCUAACAAGAUCCAACAGCUGGGUGAUUAUUUUGGUGUUGGGAGGUAUUCCAGAUACUUCCCUGUCAUAUUUACAGGAAGAACAAUUGAGAGUAAAUCACCACUUUCGAGGGGAAUGUCAGAUGAAGAAAAGAAGAACCUAAAUAAGGAAUUGAAGUCUCUCAGAGUAGAAGACAUAUCCUCAUUUAUGGAAUCACUACCUAAUGAAUUUCUUACGGUAUUACGCACCGAUGGCCUCCUACGAUCUUUGAUGAAUAAGUUGGGUGCUUCCCAGCAAAUGCGGUUGCUGGCAUAUGCUAAAUUUGCACUGCACGGUCUCUCUCUGAAGUGCGAUUCUGGGUCUGAAUAUGCAAUUGAAGAAGUCUACUUACGGUUCAAGAACGGGAUUCGAUACAUUCAACUGAGAUUACGUUUUGCAAUGCUGAAUCUCAUAUCUUGGAUAGACAACAUCCAACAUGCGUCAGCUGAAAAUUUGAAAUGUAUCCUUUCUUCAGUAAGCAAUGCAGUGAGAUAUGUAUUACCCUCAACACACUGAGGUGGCGCCCCUCCACCUGUAUUGUGCUCCUUACCAAGAUAUGCAUUUCCUCCCAAGAAUGUUCUUUUUUACCGGUAGCUUACCCAUUGACUCGGAAUUUAGUUUGUAGUCAUUGAGUUGCUAUGAUUUAUGCAUUUCCUCCCAAGAAUGUUGUCUUUUUACCAGUAGCUUUCCCAUUGACUCGGAAUUUAGUUUGUGGUCAUUGAACUGUUAUGAUUUAUUAGCCUAUUUAACUGAGCAAAUGAGAAAUCAUUCAUAUUUUAGAGUGAUCAAGUUAUCGAC